ACAAAAUCUCCAUCACCAUCAUCAUCAACGACAUCGACAUCUACAAUAACAUCAUCACCUCAACCAUUGCAACAAACACAACCAGAAUCAUCAUCAUCAUCAUCAUCAUCAACAGCAUCAUCAAUCAAAAUAAAUGUAUUUGAUUUUAAUAAAAAUGAUUAUCAUAAUAUAACAAUUUCAGCCAUAAUAAUGAGAAUGGUGACAGGUGAACAACAAGAACAAAAUAUCAAUGAUAAUAAUUUAAUCUAUGCUGAAGAUUUAGUUUUCUAUUUAACAUCAUCAUUAAAAAUAACGACAAUCUGUUCACAUCUGUUUGCAUUAUAUAAUGUUGAAUCUGAUUUAUGGAUAGCUCCAAAUCAACAGCUACGUACAAUGAUUAAUGAAUUGUUUAAUAAUCAACAACAAAACGGUAAUAAUGAUAAUGGACCAAUGUUACAAUUUCAACUAAGAAUCCGUUAUACACAUUCGAAUCUAAUCAACAAACUAAAGGAUAUCGAUUUGGCAGCUUUUGAUUAUUAUUUUCUACAAAUCCGUUAUGAUUUUUUACAUAUACCGAAGAAAAAAUUCAAAAAAGAUGAACUAGAAGAAGUAUUCGGUAUUGCAUUAAUCGAUCUGAUUCGUGUUACAAUUGAAGAUGAUGAAAAAUUACGUAAUGCAUAUGAACGUUGUGAUUCAUAUAUAAGUCAGAUAAAAAAAUAUUGUCCAAAAAAUAUGGUAAAACCAAAAUUAUUAUUCAUUGAUGAUAAAUUAAAACAAACAUUUCGCCGUAAUUGUCAAAAAGAUACGAAUAAAAUUUGGGUAAAAUGGUGCUACAUAAAACAAUUCCUAUCACGUUCUCAUUCUUUUUAUAAUCUAUCGACAAUGCAAAUGGCCUAUUCGUUUCAUGAAAUUUAUGAUAUUAUAUUGGAAUCAUCGAUAAAUUUAACAUCAAUACCGACACAGCAAACAAUAUCCGAACAUUUAGUGCAUUAUGAUUGGAAAGAACAGAAAAUUUGUUGGCGAAAAUCAUCAUCAUCAUCCGAUUAUAAUAAUAGUAAUAAUACUAGUACUAGUACUAGUAAUAAAUUCAACAAUAAUCAUGAUGAAUGGAAAACAUGGUUUUCAAUUGAAGAAAUUUCCAGUAUCAAUAUACUUUCAUUGGAUAGAAGAAAAAUACUCAUUUGUUUUGUUAAUAGGCCAGCAUUGACUGUCAUAUUUCGUCGAUUAGGACAGAUGAAAUCAUUCAUUUCAUUAUUGUCUGGUUAUCAUCGUUUAUCAAUACAUUGGAAUCUAAAUCUAUCGGCUGAAUAUUUUUCACCAAUGUUGAAUAAAUUAAGAAAAAUUAAUUGUUUUGGCCCAAUACAAGAUGAAUUUGCUAUCAAACGUUUGAAAAAGACACGUGAUGGACAGAAAAAUUCUGGCCUAUUUUUAUUGCGACAAAGUGAAACAGAUUUCUAUAAACUUAAACUUUGUUAUGAACAACAAAAUGAAAUGAAAUGUUUUGAACUAAAAUGGCAACCAUCACAAUCAUCAGAUAAUUCAUUAUUUGUAUGGAAAGAUGAUUUCAAUAUUACCGAUGUUCGUGUUGAUUAUUCAGAAUUAUUAAUAUGGUUACAGAAACAAUUGAAUCUAUUUCAACCAAUUCUUUCGGGUGAAAAUGAUCAUUUACCAGAUUUACUGUUAUGUAGUCAUGAAGAUGAUAUAAACAAAUUAAAAUCUAAUGAUGACAUUUUACCAAUCAUACAGAAUGAACGUAUAAAAAAAUCAAUAUUAACAAUGCAUAACAAUGGUGUAUUCUGUACACGUAUCGGUACCGUAAAAUUGGUUGGUAAUCAAGAGGAAAAAGUUUUCAUUAAAGAAUUUAUCGAUUCCAAAGAAUCUGGUAGAGGUGAAAAUAUAUUGAAAGAAAUUGAUGAAUGGAGUAAAUUGAAAAAUGUUGCAAUCAUGAAUUGUAAAGGUGUGGUGAUGCAUCCAUUAUCAAUAUUGUUUGAACAUUGUCAUAUUACAUUACGUGAUUAUUAUUCAUUGCAAGAAUUUAAGCUCAAUCAUUUUAAUUUAACUGAAGCAGCUUUCUGUUUGGCUAAAGCAUUGGAUUAUCUUUAUACGCAUAAUUUACGUCAUGGUUAUAUAAAAUUCGAUAAUCUAUAUGUUUCACAUUUUUCAAAAACAUCAUUAUUUAUAAAAUUGGGCGAUCCAAUUGGUUUUAGUUGUGAUUUUAAUCAAACAAUUGAACAACCAUGGUUACCGCCAGAAUAUUUUAAUGAUAAUGGAUUUUUCUAUAAAAAACAUACCAAUUAUAGUGAUGUAUGGGCAUUCGGUACAACAAUGUGGGAAAUAUUUCAUAAUGGUAAUAAACCAUUAUUCAAUUAUAUGAAUAUUGAUCAAGUGAAUCUAUGUGCAAUGCCUGAGCCGAUACGUUUAUUGACGAAAAAAUGUUGGGAUAAAGAUUUCUGUAAUCGUAUACCGCCAUCAGGUGUAUUCCGUGAACUUGUAUUAAUACUAUAUGAGGCAAGAAAAUAUCGUAAACAAUAUAUUCUAUCAAACGAUGGUAUCAAUGAUGAAAUGAUACGUAAAAUGAAUAUUGAAAAAAUAAUAAUGAAAUCAUCAUAUCCAACGUAUUCAAUGAAGAAUAAUAAUUCACUUGGCGGAAGUAGUACUGGAAUAAUAGAUAAUAAUAGUAUGAUUAAUAAUAAUGGCUAUAGUCAACGGUCAUCAUUACCGAUUAGUAAUGGUUAUCAACAACGUCCAAUAUCAUUAUAUGAUGAUGAUGAUGAUGAUGAAGACGACGACGAUGAUGAUGAUGAUGAUGAUGAUAUGGAUGAUGUUACAACGGAAACAACAUUAUAUGAUCAAAUGGAAGAUGCAUUUCUUAUAUCGGAAAAAGAUGAUUAUCUACAUAUACAAGCAAUGGAUAAUUUGGAAUGUAUACCACAGGAUAGAAUUAAUGUAUUGAAAAUGAUUGGAGAGGGUAAUUAUGGCAAAGUAUAUCAAGCACGUUGUGAUGAUAAAUAUGUUGCAUUAAAAGUUGUAUCCGAUAAUAAAAUCUCAAGCCUAAGUGAAGAGAUUAAAAUAUUAACAAAAUUAAGACAUCGUAAUAUUGUUGAAAUUCGUGGCUAUUCCAAUGUUGAUGUUGAUCAAUAUUCCAAAGGACCAUCAAAAGCAUUAGUUAUGGAAUAUAUACCAUUAGGUUCAUUGGUAAAAUUUUUGGAAACCAAAGGACCAAAUGAUAAUUUAGAAAUGACAAAAUUUGCCACAGAUAUUGCAUGUGGUCUGGAUUUUCUUGCCAGUAAACAUAUUAUCCAUAGAGAUUUGGCAGCUAGAAAUAUUCUAGUUGCCAGUGGUAAUUCAGUUAAAAUUGCCGAUUUUGGUCUGGCUCAUAUUCUUGAAGAUGAUACUCAAUAUGAAUAUCGUAGUGCUCGUGGUCUGCCAUACAAAUGGCACGCACCAGAAUCAUUUGAACGACAUUUAUUUCGAUUUGAAUCAGAUAUUUGGAGCUAUGCAAUCGUUAUUUGGGAAAUGUACAGUUAUUGUCGUGUUACACUAUAUAAAGAGAUUGAUUCGAAUAAAGAUGAUGUACAAGAAUUGCUCACCUAUCUUAAACAAGGCAAACGUCUUGAAUGUCCAGAAAAUUGUCCAGAAUCUGUAUAUAAAUUAAUGUUAAAAUGUUGGGCAUAUCAACCAGAAUGUCGUCCAAAUGCAUCAGAAGUAUAUAUGAUGAUCAAAGAAAUUGAUGAACAAAUACGUUCACAAUCAUUAAUUUGAAUUUGAAUUUGAAUUUUUUUGUUUUGUUUUGUUUUGUUUUUGUUCGUCCAUUUCGUAUACGAUGUGUUCGAUUUAUGUGUGUAUACCGGGUUUGUGACGACCAAAAAAAAAAAAAAAAAAAAUAUUGCUGCAUACAUAUAUAUAUUGAAAAAAAGUUCAAA